AUGAAAAGUUUAACUAUUCCUCCUCCCCCACCGCCCGUCUCUAGUCCAACGUUGGAUGCUGUUACCGCCUUGCAGCUUCCACCUAUGUUCCAUCAUCCUGCCAUGCCUCCACCACCAGGAUUGUUACAUAUUUUGAUGUCUGCGGAAAAGUGUCAGGAAUUGGUGUGGGGCACUAAACUAUCCCAGCUAGAAUCGCCAACAAGUGAUCCAGGAAUAAUGCCGAGCCCUACAGGCUUACCUCUAGCCACAAGUCCACCCUUAGCACCAUUACCCCUCACGCCAACGUGGGAAAUGUUGCAGUAUUUAACUUUUUCAAGUCAAAAAAAUCAUUAUGACAUAAUUCGUGUACUUCGAAUGGUUGUUUGCAACGAGCAGUUCGGAUUAGCACACGAGCUGUGUUACCGACCGAUAUUCAACGGACCAACAUGCCUAUCCACAAACAAAAGUGGUAAACGCACCGAAAAAAUUACUUGCGUCACUAUCGCUCGCGAGAAAUCCUCGGUGCAAUGUACGUCACCGCUGAGCCCUAAGAGAGAAAGGGAUGCUGGGAGAAAAUGGGAAUCCGGAUCAGCAAAACGAAAAAGAAAAGCUGAAAGAGCGAUAUUAAACCAGUCGAUAAGUACAGGUAUGAUGAAGUUUCUUAAUCCAACUGUAUCUGGUAGUACAGAACCAUCUGAAUCCAUAGCGUCGACUUCUAAAAAACAUUCAGUCACGAUUGAUAUUCCUAUGAAUUUGGGAAGUAUUGAUGACGAACAUCUAAAUACUGACACCGAACGACAGUCUGAAAUUGAUACAAAAACAGUAUCUAAGGAAUCAGAUUCCAACGAUGAAAUUCCUGUUUCCCGAGAGCAAUAUUCUAGAUCACAGAAAAAAAAAUUGUUAUCUACCAAAUAG